CUCUCUCUCUCUCUCUCUCUCUGCGAGAAGAAGAUGAACAUCGCGCUGCAUCGCUCUUCGCCUCGUUGAGAUCUGAUCGAACAAAAGUCUGGCCAUGGCGGGCAAGCACCUUCCCUCUUCGUUCCUUCCCCGCCGAUUCAGGUCCCCCGUCCUCCUCUUCCCUCUUCUCUUCCUCCUCGCCUUUCUCCUCUAUUUCUUUCUCUCCUAUCUCUCCACCACGCCCCCCGCUUCUUCCUCCACCGAGCCCGAGACUUCGUUUUUGAUCUCUCUCGAGCACUUCCUCGCUCACCGCUCCUCCUCCACGCUCUCUCGUAAUCCCGACGAUACGGCCGGCCCGGCCGCGGACGACGACGACGACGUCAGGAAGUUCGACGACUCGGUUUUUGCGUCGGAGAGUGAGAGGUUGCGGGGAGAUCCGUACUACCCGCUCGGUUUGCCGCUUCGGGUGUACGUCUACGAAAUGCCCCGCAAAUUCACCUACGAUUUGCUCUUGCUGUUUUGGAACAUUUACAAGGAGACCUCUAAUCUCACCUCCAAUGGAAGCCCCGUGCAUCGCCUUAUCGAGCAGCAUUCUGUAGAUUACUGGCUUUGGGCGGAUCUUAUUGCUCCUCAAUCGGAAAGGCUCUUGAAGAAUGUAGUCAGAGUCCACAGGCAAGAGGAGGCCGACCUAUUCUACAUACCUUUCUUCACCACAAUUAGCUUCUUCUUGCUGGAGAAACAACAAUGCAAGGCGCUUUAUAGGGAAGCCCUCAAGUGGGUAACUGAUCAGCCUGCUUGGAAGCGAUCCGAGGGCAGGGAUCACAUUCUUCCAGUUCAUCAUCCAUGGUCCUUUAAGUCUGUUCGGAGGUAUAUGAAGAAUGCUAUUUGGCUCCUGCCGGACAUGGAUUCAACUGGGAACUGGUACAAGCCAGGACAAGUUUCACUGGAAAAGGAUCUAAUACUUCCUUAUGCACCGAACGUGGAUCUAUGCGAUUCUAAAUGCUUGUCAGACAGUCAAUCAAAAAGAACCACUCUACUAUUCUUCCGUGGACGAUUAAAGAGGAAUGCGGGAGGAAAGAUACGUGCUAAACUUGUAGCUGAACUGAGUGGUGCAGAGGGGGUCGUCAUUCAGGAAGGAAGUGCUGGAGAUGCUGGGAAAACAGCAGCUCAGCGUGGAAUGCGAAGGUCUAUUUUCUGCUUAAGCCCAGCUGGUGACACUCCAUCAUCUGCUCGACUUUUUGAUGCUAUCGUCAGUGGGUGCAUCCCAGUCAUAGUGAGUGAUGAAUUGGAGCUUCCCUUCGAAGGGAUACUUGACUACAGAAAGAUAGUUCUAUUUGUUUCUUCCAGCGAUGCUGUUCAACCAGGCUGGCUUUUAACAUAUCUCAGAAAUGUCAGCAGUGCUCAAGUCAGAAGAUUGCAAAACAAUCUUGCUAAGUAUUCUCGGCAUUUCAUCUAUUCAAAUCCAGCUCGGCCCUUGGGUCCUGAAGACUUGGUCUGGAGAAUGAUGGCUGGUAAGGUGGUGAACAUUAAGCUGCACACUAGGAGAUUGCAGCGGCUGGUGAAAGAGUCAAGAAGCAUAUGCACUUGCGACUGCAGGCGGGCGAAUAUUACGAGCCCAACGUCUCUGCAGUGAACAAUAGUAUGUGUAUAACAUCCCACUGAUUUGCUUCGGCUGGAAAUGGGGGUCGGCAUUCUCCAUUCGGAGUUGUGAUCUGCACAGGGUGGUACAUCAUGUAUUAUGUAAAGGCUCAUGGUUCUCUCUAAGAACUUGCUUUGCUAAGCAUAGACUGGAAUUCUGUUAUUUAUUCCUGGGUUCUAUCCUCGACAUAGGCUCGAAAUUGAUUCUUUUCCCACGAUGUGGGAUGCUUGGUCCUUGUAUUUUGCUGUUCUAACUGCGUUAAUUGGAUAUAGAGCA